AUGCCAUUAUCAUUAAUUUCACCGUCGGAAAUUGAUUUUAUUUUUAAGGGAGUCGAUGAUAAUAUUCGUGCCGAUGGAAGAGGACGAUUAGAUUAUCGUCAAGUUUCUUUAGAAACUGGAGUUAUUUCACAAGCAAGUGGUAGUGCUAGGUGUAAACUUGGGGAAGGAACUGAUGUUUUGGUUGGAGUAAAAAUUGAGAUUGGUGCAAUAGAAAUUGAUGGCAACUAUGAACAGGUGAUGGAAAUUAAAUCAAAAAGAGGUAGAGUUGUUUGUAAUGUAGAAUGUUCACCAAUAGCAUCGCAACAAUUUGCAGGAAAAGGAGCAGAAGAUAUCAAUAACGAACUUACUCAAACAAUAGAACGAGUUUUUAAUGGACCACAGGGCGGUAUAAAUCUUGAGAAAUUAUGUAUUAUUCCAGGUCAACAAUGUUGGGUUGUUUAUAUUGAUGCCUUGGUUCUAGAUUAUGCAGGUAAUAUUUUAGAUACAAUUUUCAUAACUACACGUGCAGCACUUUAUAACGCGAGAGUGCCAAAGACUAUUAUUCAAGAUCAUGGAGAUGGUGAGUUUGAGUUUGAGAUAUCAGAUGAUGUUGAAGAAUGGGAAAGAAUAUAUGGAUGGGACAUGGUACCAGUUGGUGUUACUUUAAAUAGAAUUGGAACAAGACAUAUAGUUGAUGCUACACCUUUGGAAGAACUUGCAACAGAAGCAAAGCUAUUGACUGGAAGAACUGUAGGUUUAGAUUUAAUAAGUAGUUUGGAUUCUAUGCUUAAAAAUAAGUAA